AUGCAUAGAACAAGCGGUUCAAAAGUUUGGACUACUCUCAUAACAAAUACCGCAUAUUUAUCUGGUCUUUUGACGCUCGAUUAUUCUCUUAAGAAAGUUGGCUCAAAAUAUCCACUUGUUGUUCUUUACACAGACUCGUUUCCUGCAGAUGGACAUGAAGCUCUUGACUCAAGGGUAAUCGCGAAACGACAUGUGCCAUAUCUUCUUCCAGCCACACAGAAAGAUUUCACCAACGAUGUUCGGUUCUACGACUGCUGGAGUAAGCUCACGCCAUUCUCGCUCAUCGAAUAUGACCGUGUUGUGCAACUUGAUAGUGACAUGCUGGUCCUUAAGAAUAUGGAUGAGCUUAUGGACAUCACUUUGGAUGCAGCAGAAAUGAAGGGAACGGGAGAUCGAGUGUUCGCUGCUAGCCACGCAUGUGUCUGCAACCCGCUUAAUAAACCUCACUACCCCAAAGACUGGGUUCCGGCCAACUGUGCCUACACUAUUCAACAUGACAGCCCAGACAUCGCGCAAACAGCCGGGCCUUCAGCCACAGCAGGCUUAGGGAUACCAAAUGGUGGCCUUCAGGUUGUGAACCCAUCUCAAGGGACCUACGACAAAAUUGUUGAACAGCUUUCCUCUUCCUCGACAUCUGAAUAUGAUUUCGCUGACCAGUCCCUCCUCGGCGAUGUUUUCCGUGGUCGAUGGGUCGCGCUACCGUAUGUAUACAAUGCGCUUAAAACCCUACGAUGGAAAGGAAUCCAUGACGCAAUAUGGCGCGACGAGAGUGUGAAAAAUGUACAUUAUAUCCUAAGCCCGAAGCCGUGGGAUGAAGGGACAGACGUGCAGAGCCAUGAUCCAUCCCAUGUCUGGUGGACAUCAUUGACAGCGCAAAGGUUAGCAGAGGAACAACAGAGAGGCCUCGCAGACGGUUUUUAA